UAUGUCCCCUCUCCCAUCCGGUUUGGGUUUACGUCAUAAUCAAGCGUCUCCGUACGUGUGUCGCUUCAAUGUUGCUUCCCCAUGCCGUUCAACUGAAACCCUGAAAGUAUUUUGAUUUUUAAAAACUACAAUUUCUGUUUAUUUAUCUAUGGAGAAAGGAAAACGACCUAACGCCCCUCCAAAAAAAGGUAUGGGGGGAAAAAAACCAACCGACACAACUGAUCCUGUGAAAAACUUCGAACGAUGGAAGAAGAAAUACGACAAGACGAAAACACGAGUCAAACAAGAGAAAAGACAGAAAAGAAAACCCGAAUGGCUGGUGGAGAAAGAAAGUAUUCAACGUCUUGUCAACAAAUAUAACGAGAUAAAUGCCCAGGAUGCUGUGAAGUUUUCAGAUUUUCCCAUCUCAAAGAAUACCCUGCGAGGUCUUAUGGAAGCACAGUAUCGGCAGCCCACAGAAAUACAAAGACAGACCAUUGGAUUUGCUUUACAAGGUAAAGAUGUUCUGGGCGCUGCGAAGACCGGCUCUGGAAAAACACUUGCCUUUCUCAUUCCUGUAUUGGAGUGUUUGUAUCGUCAGCAGUGGACAGCCAUGGAUGGCCUGGGUGCUCUCAUCAUCUCCCCCACGCGAGAGCUAGCCUAUCAGACCUUUGAGAUGCUACGCAAAGUGGGAAAGAACCAUGAGUUUUCUGCUGGCCUUAUCAUUGGUGGAAAGGAUCUAAAAAAUGAAUCCGAGAAGAUUCACCGCACCAACAUCAUCAUCUGCACACCAGGACGCCUGCUCCAUCACAUGGAUGGGACUGCUGCCUUUCAUAUCUCAGAUCUGCAAAUGCUAGUUUUGGAUGAGGCAGAUCGUAUCCUGGACAUGGGUUUUGCCGACACUAUCAACGCCAUAGUGGAAAACCUCCCCAAGACACGUCAGACCCUGCUUUUCUCUGCCACACAGACCAAGUCUGUUAAAGACCUUGCUCGCCUCAGCCUCAAAGAUCCGGAGUACGUUUGGGUGCAUGAGAAGGCCAAGUUCAGCACGCCGGCCACGCUGGAGCAGAACUACGUGGUGUGUGAGCUACACCAGAAGGUCAACCUGCUCUUCUCCUUCAUCAGGAGCCACCUGCAGAAGAAAGUUAUCGUGUUCUUUGCCUCCUGCAAAGAGGUACAGUACCUGUUCCGGGUGUUCUGUCGGCUCCGGCCCGGUGUGCCCAUCCUGGCCCUGCAUGGGAAGCAACAGCAGAUGAAGCGGGUGGAGGUCUACAACGAUUUCAUCAAGAGGAAGAACGCGGUGCUCUUUGCCACAGACAUUGCAGCCAGAGGGUUAGACUUCCCUGCGGUGAACUGGGUGUUACAGUUUGACUGUCCAGAGGAUGCCAACACAUACAUCCACAGAGUGGGAAGAACUGCUAGGUAUAAGGAGGGAGGAGAGGCACUGCUUGUCCUGCUGCCUUCAGAGGAGCAGGGCAUGUUAUCACAACUCCAGGAGAAAAAGGUCCCCAUCGACAGGAUCCAGGUUAACCCAGAUAAGCUGACAAGCGUGCAGCAGAAGCUUGAGGCCUUUCUGGCCCAGGAGACAGAACAGAAGGAGCGAGCACAAAGGUGUUUUGUGUCCUACCUGCGCUCUGUCUACCUCAUGAAGAACAAGGAUGUCUUUGACGUGUUCCGGCUCAGGCUCCAGGAAUAUGCAGCCUCUCUAGGACUCGCUGUCGCUCCAAGGGUUCGUUUCCUCAGCAAGGCCCAGAAGCAGAGAGUUGACCCCAGGAAGAUCAGCGAGCAGGUAGUGGGGCCUCAAUCUGAUGAGGAGGAGGAGGCAGAACUGAAUCGAUUCAAGGCUCAGCUCAGAGGAGAGGGUCCAAGUGUCAACGCUCAAAGUUCUCAAAGCUCGGAGGAAGAGGAGGAGGAGGAAGAGGCGGAGGAAGAUGAUGAGGAGGAGGAGGAUGAGGAAGAGUUACAGCCCGGGCCUAAGUGUACAAUCUUAGGUGCAGAUGAAGAGGAUGAUGAAGAUCUGAGGGACUUGGACCUCCUGAAAGUGGUUCGAAAAGAUGUAUUCAGUCUGGAGAAGGGUGACCAGGAUGAUGAAGAAAUGAGCAAGAAGAAACCAGAGAAGGAGACCAAGUACAAAGAGGCCAAGAAAGUCCUAAAGAGACAUUUUCAAGUCAACACCAAAGUAGUCUUCACAGAGGAGGGACAGGUGGUGCAGCAGUGGCCCCCUCUCCAGCGGACGGCCGUUCCCCAGCCAGAGGAGGACCACACGCCAGGCAUCAAUGUGGAGGAGGCCAGAGAGAGGCUGCGUCGAGAGGACCAGGAGUUCGACAAGCUGGAGUACAGACGUAAAGUCAAAGAGAAACACCGGGAGAAGAGGCUGAAGGAGAAAGCUGCCCGAAGAGAUGCCAGCAAGCAGCACAACGAGGAGCCGGGUGAGGCAGAAGAGGUGGAACCAUACAUAGAGGUUGACAGUGGAGAGGAGUUCGACCCGAGCACGCUGCCUGACCCAGACAAACUACACAAUGACUCUGAGGAAGAUAACCAAAGCAGCCCUCCUGCGGAGACGAGGAAGCGCAGCCACAGUGACAGCAGCAGUUGCUCUGAUGAGGAGGAAGAGGAGGCAGUGGGGAGCAGGAAAAGACCCAGGCGACAGGCUGCCUCCUUGCCCCUGGACACUGGCCUCUCUUUGGCUGAGGAUGAAGAGCUGGUCAUGCAUCUGUUGGGGAACCGAAGCUGAAAAUGGUUCCAAAGGACAUUUUCUCUGUGGAACCUCUCCACUGUCUUACAUUAUAUGGGGAUUUUGGCCACCUUAUUUGGCACAUUGUUAGUUGCCACCUGACUUGUGAUUGUUUAAUGAUGAUUACCUGUGCUUGUUUGGCAUAUAAAAUAUAAUUUGGGAAAUAAACAUUGUCUUUUGACAGAUG